UAUAUAUUCCAAUUUCUAAGGAGUCUACGGAGAGAAUAGACCGUAUUUUAUUUUCGAACGAAGAAAUUACGUGGGGUCGUGCGAGUAGAGGGGGAAGAGGGAGAAGAAAAAAUAGAAGAAAACAAAAAAAAAUAUCCCUGAGAUUUCGAAGACGAAGAGAAAGGGAUACUUUUUUUUUUUUUUGUAUUUCUUCUUUUGCACUGUUGAUUAAGAUAAGCAAGAACAACAAAUACAACGAUCACAAUGUUGGCCGCUUUCUUUCGCGGUGCAUUUAUCAUCGGCAUUCUCGCUUGGUACAGCAUCAGCGUUUGGAAAAUGAUCGACGGUUAUUUUAGAGAUCAAUUUGCCAGUUACCUGCAUGAGGAAUAUCGAAAAAAUCCGCAUAUGAAGGCUGCCCAUAUGAAGGAUGCCGUCAAUGAGGUUGGUAAGAACGAUGCCGUACAUACCGACGGGGAAGUUCCGUCAAAUAAAAUCGACGAACUCGUAAAAGCUGAGAGUUGUCCGGUCGAUAAGGUAGACAACGAUAAAAUAUUGGAAUCUUGCAAUAUCUCAGAAAAAAUUUUGAAAGUUGAUCGACCGAACGAUUCCGUUGAAAAAGAAAUCUUAAUGAAAAUUUCAACGGAGAAGGAAUUGAAUAAUGUCGACAAUGAUGACGACGACAAAGAUAAAGACGAACGUCAAACGAUGAAAAGUAUUGAGAAAAUGGCGGACGAGGAGAAGAGGCUGAAAAAAAAAGAAUUUCCUUCGAGUAAGGAAUUUGACGAAGAAAUUGAGAAAAAGAAGAACAAGAAGAAGAAGAAAGAUGAGAAGGGGAGGGAGAAGGAGAUGGAGAGGGAGAGGGAUAGGGAGAAGAAGAAAAAGGAUGAGGAAGAAAAAACGAAAAAGCAGAAGAAGAAACGAGUAAAAACGAUCACCCUUAACGAAGAAGAUUUUCUAAGCGUCAAAAAUAGACGAGGUACGAUCGGACGUGACGAAGAUUUUUGGGAAUUCGAGGAGGACGAGGAGAAGCAAAAGAUUGAGGAUGAAGAAGUUGGUAUACUAAUCUCCGAUCUUCCAUUCAAGCCUAAACUCGACAUCGGUCGUUUGGAAAGAAUUACGCCCGAUGAAUAUUGCCCUUUGACCUUGGACGACGAACUUUCCUGCGGGGAGACCACCAAGUGGCCCUAAACAUAUAAUCACUCAUGAAAUUUUAAUCGGAAAUUUAUCUGUUAAAAAAAAAAAAAAAAAAAAAAAAAAAUAUAUAUAUAUAUAUUCACAUAUUUAUUAUAUUCACUUGAUAUUAAUAUUUAUUAUAUAUGGAAUAUUAUCAAUAAUAACUAAAGCUAUAACUAAAGCUAUACAUACAUACAUACAUAUAUAUAUACAAACAUUAAAAAAAAAAUUAUUUAAGUAAAAAAGAAAAAAAAAUUUCCCAUAUUAAAUUCACAAAUUCGUUUGUUUGUCGUAUCGAGCAUAUAACUCUAAUGCUUAUAUUACAAAAAAAAAAAAAAAAAAAAAAAAAAAAACAUUUUAAUUUAUUCCAUUUGUAUAAUGACGAAUUGCAAAUUUACAAGUCAUUACAUUAACUUCUUUGCAAUAAUUAUAAUCUAUUAAAUGUAUUACGAAUUAUUUAUCAUAUCACAUUUAUGUAUUUCCGAUUAAUUCACCUAUUUACAUUUUUUUUCUUGUUUUCCCUUAGAUAAACAGUACUCGUAUUUAACUAGGCUAAGAGGAUUAAUUAAUGUUGUUAUGUUAAUCGAUUGGAAAAAAAAAAGAAAAAAAAAAAAAAAAAAGAGAAAAAAAACAAUAAACGAAAGAAAAGGAAAAAAAGAGAAAGAACAAAACUAAUUGUAAUACGUUUGUCACUUAAUUAAUGGUAAAUUAUAAUAAUAAAAAUAAGAAAACUUA